AUGACCCUCCAACCCACUGAGCCAGGACCUAAACAAGUAUUUGCACCUCCACACGUCUCCUCGCCCAGGAGGCCACCUGGUCCAGGUCCCUGCCUCCAGGCCGAUGAAUACCUGCAGAUGAAAUGGCCCCUCCUCGAUGUCCCCUCCAGUGCUACCGUCAAGGACACCAGGUCACCGUCCCCAGCACACUUGUCGAAUAAAGUUCCUGUCGUUCAGCACCCGCACCACAUGCACCCGUUGACGCCCCUCAUCACCUACAGCAGCGACCACUUCCCCCCGGGCUCCCCGCCCACACACCUCUCCCCGGAGAUUGAUCCAAAGACAGGAAUCCCCCGGCCCCCUCACCCGUCGGAACUGUCUCCGUAUUACCCGCUGUCUCCUGGAGCUGUCGGACAAAUCCCUCACCCCCUCGGCUGGCUCGUCCCACAGCAAGGACAGCCCAUGUACUCCCUUCCUCCUGGUGGCUUCCGGCACCCCUACCCUGCCCUCGCCAUGAACGCCUCCAUGUCCAGCCUGGUUUCCAGUCGGUUCUCCCCUCACAUGGUGGCUCCGGCCCAUCCUGGUUUGCCCACCUCAGGGAUUCCCCACCCCGCCAUCGUCUCCCCCAUCGUCAAGCAGGAGCCGGCACCCCCCAGCCUGAGCCCAGCCGUGAGCGCGAAAUCACCAGUCACGGUGAAGAAGGAGGAAGAAAAGAAACCCCACGUGAAGAAGCCCCUAAAUGCCUUCAUGUUAUACAUGAAGGAGAUGAGGGCCAAGGUGGUGGCUGAGUGCACCCUGAAGGAAAGUGCUGCCAUCAAUCAAAUCCUGGGGAGAAAGUGGCACAACCUGUCCCGAGAAGAGCAGGCCAAAUACUACGAACUGGCCCGGAAGGAGCGGCAGCUUCACUCCCAGCUCUACCCGACCUGGUCAGCCCGGGACAACUACGGUAAGAAAAAGAAGAGGAAGAGAGAAAAGCAGCUGUCGCAGACACAGUCCCAGCAGCAAGUCCACGAGGCAGAGGGUGCUCUGGCCUCCAAAAGCAAGAAGCCGUGUGUUCAGUACCUGCCCCCCGAGAAGCCCUGUGACAGCCCUGCCUCUUCCCAUGGCAGCAUGCUAGACUCCCCGGCGACCCCCUCCGCAGCCCUGGCCUCACCGGCUGCCCCUGCUGCCACCCACUCGGAGCAAGCCCAGCCCCUCUCCCUCACCACCAAGCCAGAGGCCCGGGCCCAGCUGGCUCUUCACUCGGCUGCCUUCCUGUCAGCUAAGGCUGCAGCCACGUCCUCUGGCCAGAUGGGCAGCCAGCCCCCACUCCUCUCCCGGCCCCUCCCCCUCGGGUCCAUGCCCACAGCUCUGCUGACUUCUCCCCCCUCCUUCCCGGCCACGCUCCAUGCACACCAGGCCCUCCCCGUGCUCCAGGCCCAGCCUCUUUCCUUGGUCACCAAGUCUGCCCACUAAGCUGCCCUGUGACCUAUGCAGGCUGUCAAGUGACCCAUCGAGUAGUAAUGAUUCAGAAGAGGAAGGAAAAAAAAAGGAAACUUUAUUGGUCAAUAUUUGACCACCCUGGACUGUUCUGUAAAGUGACUGGUAACAGCAGCACUUUACAUUUUGUAGAUGUAACCAGUAGCUGACCUUAAGGCUUUUUUAAAAAACAAAACAAAACCCACAAAAAAAAAUCUUUAAAAGAAAGAACUGAAAAGUAGUGUGUCAUUCUUCCCGUACAUGCAGUGGUGGAUGGACCUGGGCAAAAGACCCUCCUCUCUCUACCUCUGAGAUCGCCUCCUCCCUCCUCCCACCUCCCCCUGUGCCCCAGCCCCCCACCCGGGCUGCGUGGCCACUGCUGCGACUCCUAGCCUGUUGCUUCUUCAUCUAGACCCCAUUCCCGGACAUUUCUUUUGAUCUCGCCCCAAUUCUUUGCUCAGCUCCAUGGGUUCCUGCCUCCAUCCUUUCGCCCUCUGCCCAGUGUAAGGCUCUCACCAUGUGAGAAGACCCUGCCUGGUCUGUCUCCACCAGCACCCCUCCCCCCAAGAGACUCAAGGUGCCUGCCACUUCCUUAGUGACGAAGUCCGUGUUCCACCCUUCACCAGUCAAGAUCUCCCCCUCACAGUCCCAGAGCGGCAGACAGGAACUGCUCCGAGGCUCAGUCUAGCUGUCUGCCAAAGUUCUAAACACCCUCCCUCCCCGUCACCUCACAUGCUUCUGUGUGUAUUUCUUUUUGUUUUUAUGGGGUUUUUGGAGCAAUUUGAACUCCCAAUAAGCUGUUUAUUUUCACAAAAGAAAAUAAAAUUGCAGUUGCAAGACC